UCAUCAGCAUCUCAUCAACAGCUCAUCAACAACAACGACGCAGAGACAACCAACAAAGACUAAAGCCUGCUAACCCCCCCCCCUAAAGCUAUUCGAACGGCGGACCCAGCAAAGUGCUUGACGACGAGGACGAGGUUAGGACGAUUGAAGUAAUUGUUUUUUUUGUAGUAGUCGUUGCGAAGCGAAAUUUGUUUAAAAUAUUAAAAUUUCACGAACCUUGUUUGUGAGUAUCUCACGCCGCCGAAUCGCGCUGUUAGUGGAGCUGCUACCGUCUCUACCCCCCCCCUCCUCCUCCCCGGCGAGUCGGCACGCAUUAGAUCUUCAUCCUCCUACUCGUCAUCAUCGUCGUCCUCGUCCUCCUCGUCGUUAGUUAUGGAGCUGCACAUUCUCGAACAUCGUCUGAAGAUCGCGAGCAUCGCCCGGGAGAGUCUUCCGCUGUUCACUCACGGGCUCGUCAAGCUCGCCUUCCUCACCGAUCGCACUCGGUGUAAGUUUUUCAGUUUGACGGAAACACCGGACGACUUCACCAUGAUUGUGGAUGAAGAAGGAUUUAAAGAGCUGCCGGUGUCGGAGCGGCUCAGCGUGGAGGACGCCACGUGGCUGGCGCUCAACGUGGUGUCGGGCGGAGGACACAGCCCCAACUCGCCGGCCGUGGGCGUCACCAAGAUCGCAAAGUCCGUCAUCGCUCCGCUUGCCGACCACAACGUCUCCGUGUUCAUGUACUCCACGUACCAGACCGACUUCAUCUUGGUGCGUGAGCGAGACCUCCCGGUCGUGAUGCAUGCCCUCUCCACGGAAUUCGCCAUUUUCCGUGAGAUUGACGGCGAGGUGGUGGCUUUGGAUGACACCGUCAUUGUCAACGGCUUCGUGAAACCUAAAAGUGUGAGCAGGCCGGUCAUCCACCCACUGACGUGCCCCGUUAACCAGUUCUGCGUGACGAGCCUCGACCCCACCACUCUGCCACUCAUCACAACUCUUCUCAUGGACAUCAUGUUCUACUCGGGAAGCGGCAAGGACUCCACGGCUGACAACGCAGAUCGAGAACUCAUCAAGUUUUUUUCCUUCUCCUUGAUCGAGGGCUACAUCUCCCUGGUCAUGGAUACCCGCACACUACAAAGGUUUCCGAACAACCUGCUGUUCACAAGUGCCUCGGGGGAAGUGUGGAAGAUGGUGAGAAUAGGCGGGCAGCCUCUGGGUUUCGACGAGUGUGGCAUCGUGGCCCAGAUAUCGGAACCGCUCGCCAACGCAGACAUCUCGGCCUACUAUAUCAGCACAUUCAAGUUUGAUCACGCUCUGGUACCAGAAGAGGAUAUCCAAAGCGUGGUAUCCAUGCUGCAGCUGACGCCGGCGGACAACAGAUAGCGUUACAGCUGUCGUUAUCCAUUUGGGAGGUGUGGGGCAGCCCCCCUUUAGUUAUGAGGGGGAGGGGGCCCUUGGGUGGGAUGUCUGACAAUGUGUGUUUCUUGUGGGUGGGGGGGGGGGUAAAGAGGUGGGGGUGGGGGGCUGGGGAGAAAGAGGAGUUGUUAGAAAAGCAAUGGAAAGGUCAACCAAGCCAUAUUGGCUUCAUGGAGACACUAAAGGAAAUGUAGGAAAUUAUGUUUUCCUUUCCAAUGUGCCAACACGAUAAUUCUCCCGUAGGACUGGUUUUGGUGCCGUGUUAUUCGUCAAUGGGAAGCGUCGAGGGGCUGAGGGCAAGCGGCAGGGGGGAGCGGGAUCGGGUUGAAGAGGGGGGGGGGUGAGAGAGUAGGGAGGGUUUGACCCAUUGUGUGUAGCGUGUGUGUGUGCGUGUGUGUGCGCCACGGGCAUUUGCGCGUACACGUGAUUGUCCCGUAUGGAACGUAUAUAGAAGUUUUGAAGUACCUAAGCUACUAGGACAUUGAUGGCCUGCAUUGAAGGUUUAUUUAUGAGACAGGUGCUCUGAAACACGUGGCGUCUUUAUUCCCUCAUCAAGGGAACGCGUAAGUAUAUCGUCAGUCCGUUGUACGAAGACCUUCAAUACAUUUCCAGGAUGGUGAAAACUGUCAGCCCAAUACGGUGGCCACAUUAAUCUAUUUAGUUCCAUCGGGAUUGGAUGGAGGGCAUUUGAUGAACGUAUCCAGUACCGCGGUGGCGCUUUGGAAAAAUAUCAACCUCUGCUAACUAGCUAUAAUUUUUCAGCGGCCUUGGUGUUAUAAUAUCUCUUGAAUGUCGAUUCCGUACAGAUUUAGAACCGCUUCCUUGUCACCAGUGCGCUUGCGGGCUGCUCUUAUCGCGUCGUCGAGUUGGGUUUAUACGGUCAUUCUGACAACGACAACAACAACAGCAGCAAACUAAACCAUCCUAUCUUAACACCGUACGCCCGUCCGUCGUGGAAUCAUAAUUUUUUUGUUAAAAUCUCUACGAACGGUUAGGCGGUUGCUUUUUUUGUUUGGGGGACAGCCUUCCAAAUAAAAAUUGGCCUAAAUGUUGCCGAGGGCUCUUUUCAGUUGGUGGAAGGGGGCGGUGGAGGCGGGGGGAUCUUUGUAGACUCUGAUUAGCUAGCUGGGGUAGGGGGGGGCUGGUGAGGCAGCUUUACGUCUGGACAACAAGCUGGGGAAGAUGUUAUUUUCCACUUUUUAGUUUGUAUAAGCAAGCAAAAAAUAUUGAAGGGUACAAAGUGCAGAGAGAGGAGGGGGGGGCGCUGCUCGAUUGGAGCAUUUAACGCAAAGUCCCACGACUGUCUUUUAAUUUUUUUUACUCUUGCCGUUGUCCCCUAAGCACAAGAGAGCGCUGCUGCCACCGUCAUCGGAGAUGAUGAUGAUGAUGGAGCUUGAACUCUCUCCUCCUUUUUUCAAAAUGUGAGCAGCCCCAAGGGGGGGGGGGGGGGGCGGUGGCUGGGCGGGCAGGCGGGCGGGCAGGUGACCAAAGUGGGGCAGCAGUUGCUUCGUGAGGUUUACGCGAUGAUUCUCGCUGCGCUUUUUUCCCCGCAUCUCAUCUCCGGAUGUGAGACAGCCAUUCAGGCAGGUAGUGAUCCGCUACGUUUACCGUGCUAGUUUACACUUUUUUUUUCAUUUUGACGACGACAACAACAACAAACAAGAAAAAAAUCAAAAAAAGCCAACACUGUACAUUUUGCUUUUUGCUGUGAUCAAAAUUGACAGUUUUUAGUAGAAAUGUUUAGAAUUAUAUAAGGUCAACACGCAACAUACAUUUAAAGUAUUACAUGGCAAAUAAUGUGUACGUUUCAUUUUCAAUGGACGGGGGUGGGGGGGGGUAGGAAUAUUGUAAGCUUCUUGGUAAAGUGAUGCUGCACUUUUUUAGUUUUUUCCCCAAUGAUUUUUCGAGCUAUGCUGGCCACCAGAUGCAUAACGUACAUGACAGUGACCGUUGUUGAGCGUUGAUGGAACGGGGAGGAGCCCCACGUCGUGGCUGAUGGGCUGUGUAAUUGUGGCGGUGCAGGCCUUUUAAAACGGCUAUUGCCGUGCGUAGUACAAAAGUAGCAGAUGUGUUUCUGUGUGUGUGUGAUGGCUACUCGUCAAAAGCCUAAGGCCAGCAACUGGACUUUCUCACCUAAUGUCAUUUAAACUGAUAGCUUGUUUUACGUGUGUGUGCGCGCGCGCGAUUAUAUAAUACUGUAUAUGAUGUGUUCCACUCUUUAAGGAACAGUUAGAGUUAAGAAAGUGCCAUACAGGUUAGAUCGACUUUCUCGUAAGGCGUAGUUGUAGUCGUUACAUUUGGGUGUUUGAGCCAUCGUGUGUGUGAUUUGGCAGCGGAAGUUGUGUCAAGUGGUUGAGACCAGGGGCUGAGAGUGCAGGGGGGGGGGGGCGAACGAUUACAACUUUAAGAUACUGUACUAUGAAGAAAAUUGCACUGUUUCAUCCAGAUGAUAACCAUCUGGACUUUUUUCAGCCGAAUGUAUUACCAGUAAAGGUACACUAUUGUCUAAAUAGUUGCUCUUUAUUUGUUUAGAGUCUAAACGCCCUGUUUAUUUAAUUUCCAAAGAACUGAAAAUUGCUGGUAGUAGUGUGAUUUCUCAUCGUUAUGGUGUGCUUUAUGAGAGCGAGCGAGAGAGAGAGGCGCGGUGGCUUUGUUGAAAUUGCGUUUGCAAUUUUAUAAGACACGACGCAGGGCAAUGUGAUUUGACAAAGUCGCAAAGCAACGUAGUAACGUCAUCAGUCCACCCGGAAUGUUUCGCAUGAACGCGUGAACCGUUGGGCCACAUCUGCCUCGUGCACUGUUUUCUCACCCCAAAAAUGGCGUCUGUGUGCUGAACUAGCUUCUGUAAUGCAUACAAAAAAAUAAUCAAUGUGUGUAAAAGUUUAGCAUUAACUUUGCACUAUGAACAAUAUAUUGUUAUUCACACGAGGCUUGUGUACAUGUAAUACAUGUAUAUUUAAGCACAUUUAACUAGAACCAUCAUGGAACAUAUUUUGGCAGCUUCGGGGCAAACAUUUUUGUGCUUUUCUUAAAAAGUAGGAUAAUAACUUUGCCUUGUAAAAAAUUUAAGUAUCGCGUCUGUAGGACAUGCAUAAAAGCGUUUCGUAGCGCGUUGAUAACAAGAUGCUUUUCAAGGGGUUUUUCUUUGUUAUUCUCGUAAAAACUAUAUAAUCAUGUAAAAAAAAUCCCACGAAAUUCUUACCGCAAUUGUGGUUUGCACAGUAGCACAGCCUAUAUAAUACGUGCAUCUCUGUGACCAAGUUUUGGUGACUUUCUGAGAACGUGAAGUUCAUGAAGCCUUGCACGCCCGCUAUAUUACCACACGCUCCUCCGUGUGUCACUAACACGACUUUUUUUUGUCAUCGAGUAAGUUUUUACCGAGACCCACAAUUAUGAUGCUGGACCCAUGGCUUUCCAAUUCUCACCGGGCUGAUGUGUGACCAAAUUGUUGAUAACCGUUGCUUUUGGUUUCACGUCGCGUUUUUUUGUGUUUGCUUGUGGCAGGGUUAAGAUGCCCUAUGGCUCGUGAACUGUGCACACAAAACCUGACUUGGCCUUGCAGAAGGGAAACCUGGAUGUUUCUAAAAAAAAAUUGUCGAGCGGAGCUCUCUUUAAACCCCCACAGCUUUAGGCAUAAAUCAUCGGUGCCGGGAAAGGGAGAAAAAGGGGGGCAGUGGUGGGGGUGGGAAGGCGGCAGCCUCAAGAGUUGAAAAUAUCGUGAUCGUGGCCAAUUACGCAUCCACUAGCUCUCGGCAACGUAACCGUGCACUGUUGGUUUCCUUUGCGGUGCACUCUGUUCGGAGAGUCCAGUGGUCAGAGGCUACCUGUGCCACCUCAACCCAUCUCCCUCCCCACCACUGCUGCUUGCAGCCUGGUGGGGUUUCUGUCUUUAGCUGUUAAGUGAGCCGCCAUCGACUGGUGACGUGUAAUUCUAAAAUGUCGCCGAAAUCCAACGGUGGCUUGUUUGGUGGGAAUCGGUGGCCACGGGGCGAGCGAUGGUUGGUUAAAAAAAAAAAUCGCUGCUGCGAGGAGAGCCAUUUUCCGUAGGCGAUAUAAAAAAAAAUCCAGCGAUCCAGAAUUCCCACCAUUUGUCGUUUUUGGCAAGCUACGCUUUGCGUUUGUCGGAGUCGGCAUGCCUGUUGAUUUCAUGUUGUGCGAGUGAGCAUCGCUGACUUUUUGAUUCGCCGCCGGUUUUCCCAUUCAAAAGUCCUUUGGAUCGCGCGAUUAGUAAUUCCACGUACUAAUUUAAAUCGACGAUCGCCUGCCGUCGUCUGACUCAUGGAGGGAUGAGAUCAAUUAAGGCCGCGUUGCACUCCGACUAUUCCAUCCAGUCGCAAAUAACGCAUGCACCGCCUUCGUCUACUUUUAAACGUGUGCAUUUAUUUUCAUUUGGCCACGUUAAUUUUUGUUGUGUCCCUUGAGAAUUUCACUUUGGGGGUCACAUUUCCACACAUUUUUUUAGCGUAUCACCCUUAUUCAGUACAAUUGUCUUCGAUGGGUGCUCUAAGUACUGUACACUACAAACAAACACUGGCUUCAGUUGCAAUUUCCCCCUUAAAAAAUCAAUUUGCAUUAAACGGGGGGGGGGGGGGGGGGGGAGGAAAGAGACAAUUCUGGGGAUGCAAUAGAAAUUCUUUUUCGGUGUCGGCCACAGUUUGCUCGGCCGAACACGGUGCGUGCGCUUCCCCAGGCCGACGAGGCUGGACACUUGCCCACGGUGUGCGCGGGGUGUAACCAGCCGGACGGGGCGUUAGAUUUUGGUGCUAUUUAGUUUUGUUUUGUGUGUUGUGGAGCUCCUCCAAAACGGUUGUGGCCGAGUGACCGCGCGUCGUUUGUGCCGUUUUUCGUUACGACCUCGAACUGCCCCAUCCGGACUCGAAAUGACAGCUUCCCCCCCCCAUCCCCUCAUCUGUACAUCCUAGAACCCAAACAUUAAAAGCGUUUCAGAGUUGGGGGACGGGGGGCAAAAUUUGUCAUCUUUUUUUCCUAUCCCCCCCCACCCCCCUUUUGCAUCCACUUUGUGUUUUUGGCCAGGCAAUCCACGCACAGCGGCGUUGCUGCACCUCGCCCAGUGCCCCAGUUACAAAAUCGCUCGCUCGCGUGGCUUUUGUGCAACCCCUCCCGCCCUCUGGAAUUGCGCGCGGCAUCCUGGACGCGAUGUCUUUGGCGAACGCCAAUGGUUCUAUUUCUUUUUUUUAGGACGUUCCCAUAGCCCAACUCCGUCCGUGCGGGGACAAUUGCCAGAGCCAUCAGAACCCGACACUUUUUUUUCUGUGUGUGUCGGGGGGGGGGGGGGCAAGCGAAGCAUUGUUACACUCGUGUUCCCUUUUUACAUGCGGGUGCCACGGUUUCAUGGACAUUGGGAACGUCUAAAUAUUUGAUGCGCGGCGCAAGUCCUGGUUUGGUUCGGCCGGGAGUUGGCAGGGAGAGGUGGAUGGAGACUUCCCCUUCCUUAACCUGCAAGCCCGCUGUCUGGUUGCACAAAAAAACCACACGAAGCCAGUCUUUGUUUCAUUUUUUUUUGCGAAGCGGCACAAAGCCAAUUGUUUGUAACACACGUGGCACACGUAACACGCGGGUGUUUGCUUCGAGGCGUUUUGUCACGUUCAGUGCGACGGCUGGCCGGUGAAGACUCGACUGAAACGUUGUAAAACCUAUUCUGAAAGUGGUUUUUUUUUGGGGGGGGGGGGGGGGUGGUGGAUGAGGUGUGGGAAGUGAGAGCAGUACGGACGUCGUUGAGGGGGGAGGAUUUUGCAAUACGAUUUAUAUGAGGAAAAAAACGUGGCUGAUUUGUUUUUGAGUUCAACGUCGUCGGUUAAGAAGAAGAUUUGAAAAAAGGUACCGUGUGGGUUUACUGUGGCUGCACGCUGACUCUUUUGCUAUAGCAGUAGUGGCAUCACGGCUUUUUGUGUGUUAACAUCGUUCAAACGAAAAGUUUAUAUUUUGUACCUAUUAUGUAGAGUUAAAUGUUUAAAGAGAAAAAUGAAAAGAAGUUUUAAAAAAUAUGGAAAAAAAAAACCGUGUGAUUUUUUUUUUUUUGACGUACACUGUGAAAUUUCAUCUUUGCUUAUUAAGAGCCUGGUUCGUGUUUUCAAUAAAGCUGUUAGGUUCAAUAACA